GAAUUCUAGCUUCAAAGCGUUUUGGAUCUUCUUCAGCUUUGGAAUCCAGAAAUGGUCCACGCUUUAUCGAAAUUACUGCAAGAAAACGGCAAAAUCGGCAGCUCAAAGAAACUCGAAAUUUACUUGUGAACUUCGGAGUUGUGAGCUUGAAGGACGAUGUCGUCGUCGCCGGACAUUGCCGGAAUUUUAGAUAAUACGAAGGAGCUUGAUCGGUUAAGGAAAGAACAAGAGGAAGUUCUUGUGGAGAUUAAUAAGAUGCAUAAGAAGCUUCAAGCUACACCUGAGAUAGUUGAGAAGCCUGGUGAUACUUCAUUGUCAAAGCUUAAAAAUUUGUACAUUCAAGCAAAAGAGCUUUCAGAAAGUGAAGUAACCGUUUCAAACAUUCUGCUUACUCAGUUGGAUGCCCUGCUUCCAUCUGGACCAACCGGCAACAACGUAGAAAAUUAGAAGGCAACGAACAGAAGAGAAAGAGAAUGAAAGUAGAUUCAGAUG